AAAAUGAGUAAGACUCAAAUCAAUAAGAACAUUAAUGAAAACAACCAUUGCGAGUCUGGCUUUUCUAUUGUCACUAUCAGCGUACAAUCAAUGAUUAGUACGACCACAUCUCUGCCAGUGGCGCCAACGAUGUUUUCACAGUUGUAUGAAAUGAUUAAAAACCUAUUCAAAAAAGAUGAAAAAAUCAAAAAAAAUGAGGCAGCAAAUUUACAAUAA